AUGGCGACCGAAACCACCCUCGGGGCUACCAAGGAGGGGACACCCGGGGACACUUUGGGACGCGGCGAUGACGUCACCGGAAGUGCCGCCACCCUGGUGGCCGCUGUCACCUCCCCCACGGGAGGCGAUGACCUUGCGGUAGCCCCCGGUGGGGACAUGGUGGCCACGGAGGGGACGGCCCGGCCCGCCAAUGGCAGCGCUCGGACACCCAACGGGGUUCGCUGUUAUGGCUGCCCCGAGGACGGGCCCUGUCCCCCCACCACCAUCGUCCAGUGCUACGACAACCUGCGGGGCUGUUUCCACGGCAACGUCACCCUCCGCAUGGGUAACCUCACCUGGUGGCGAGAAAUCCGUGGCUGCGUCCCCGACGGGGCCUGCGCCCGGGAAUGGCGCGGUGACGACGCGGCCUCGCUCAGCGGUUCCUGCUGUCAUGGCGACCUCUGCAAUCGGAACCUGGCCAAUAAAACUUUCUUCGAGCCCGACCUGCCCCGCCUCGAGCUUCUCCCGCACGGCCACGCGCCCACGGCCGUGCCCGACAACGCAACGGCGGGCGGUAACGGCACCAAGAUGGCCGCCGGUGCCGGCGGCGUCACCGCCGACGCGGCCGCCGGUGACGCCAAAGAGAACCUCGGUGAUGACAAAACGGCCGCGACUGAGCACGACGUGGCCGGCGGCAGCAAGAGGGCCGCAGGUGGCAAGAUGGCUGCCGGGGACAAAAUGGCUGCCGGGGACAAGAUGGCUGCCGGGGACAAAAUGGCUGCCGGGGGCAAGAUGGCUGCCGGGGACAAGAUGGAUGCCGGGGACAAGAUGGCCGCAGGGGACAAGAUGGCCGCCGGUUACGUGGCACCCGGGCGGCCAAUGGGACGCAAGGAUGGGAUCAAGGGGCCGGUGGGGCGGGGCCAAGCUCUGGGCGGGCCUGGGUGGCUCCUCCCCUUCCUGUUGUUGCCCCUCCUCCGCUGAGGGCGGGGCUUCCUCCCCGGGUGCGCGGCCAAUAAAUGCUGUGGUGGAAAACGCAGGUGCCGGAGUCGUCGUUUUGGGGGGAAAUUGUUUUUUUUUUUUAAUGCUUUUCGUUGUGUUUUUCAGUAUUUUAAGUUACGUUGUUAAUAUUUUUGAUUAGAUUUCUUGGGGGUAUUUUUAUUUUUUAAAUUAUUUUUUGGUAAUAUUUUUCACUAUUUUUCUUUUAUAUUUUCAAUACUUUUAGUUGCAUUUUUAAUAUUUUUCUUUUUUUUGUUCUAUUUUUAAAAUGUUUCUGUUAUAUUUUUAAUAAUAUUUAAAUUAUAUUUUUCACUAUAUUUUUCACUAUAUUUUUCACUAUAUUUUUAGCUAUAUUUUUCACUAUAUUUUUCAUUUAAUUUUUCUUUAUUUUCAAAUAUUUUUAAACUUUUAAAUUCCUUAAAUUUCAUUUCAUUAAAACCCUUUUCAUUCUUUAUACAUAAUAGUAAAAUUUCUUUCCUUUUUUGCUCUCUUUCCUUUCUCUUUUUCUCUCUUGUGUUUUCCCCUCGUCCCCUUCACCUUCCCCUGAUUAAUUAAAAACAAAAAUUAGGAUUUUAAAUUAAGGAUUAAAUUCAGCAUUUUCCCUAAAUUUAAACCCGUAAAAUGGUGGGGAAAUCAUUAU